CCGGCAGCGACAUGCCGUGACACUCCGGAUUCCUAUGAAUGCGAAUGUCCGAUCGGCAGUCGUGACAUAUCCAAGGAUCCAUCAAAACCCGGUCGAAAUUGCUUCGGGCUUGUCAAUGAGUGCCUCAUGCCCCAUCUGAACAAUUGUUCACGGUUUGCUGACUGCACUGACAAAGAAGAAGGAUAUGAGUGCAAGUGCAAACCAGACUAUCAUGAUCAAAAUCCCAGCGAUCCAGGAACAAAUUGCAAAUUCAUUAUCAAUGAAUGUUCGGCGGAAAAUUUGAACGACUGCGACAAAAAAGCUGAAUGCAUUGACACCAUUGAUGGAUAUGAAUGCAAGUGCAUAGCACCGUAUGUGGAUCAGAUGCCCCAGAAUCCUGGACGAGUUUGCAGAAUUCAGAUUCUCUCUCAAACUGGGGUGACGGGCUUAGGACCACUUAAACGUGGAAGAAUAGCUCCUCGCUAG